AUGACGACGCACCACCCGCGCCGCCACCCCAUCAUCCUCAUCACCGGCACUCCCGGCUGCGGCAAGACGCUGCACUCGCAGGUUCUCGCUGCCGAGUGCGAUGCCGACUCGCCCAUGGGCCAGAUGGUGCACCUCAACAUUGGCGACAUUGUCAAGCAGCACAACUUCCACGAGGGCUUUGAUGACGAGUGGAAGAGCUACAUCGUCGACGAGGACAGGUUACUGGAUUACCUCGAGGAGGUCGUGAACCCCGUCGACGGGCCGGCUCCCCAUGGCUUCAUCCUCGACCACCACGACCCCGGACUCUUCCCGGAGCGCUGGAUCGACCUGGCCGUCGUGCUCCGCUGCGACAACACUGUGCUGCACGAACGUCUUGUUGAGCGCAACUACCAGGAGAACAAGAUCACCGAGAACAUCACCGCCGAGAUCAUGAUGACCUGCGUCACCGAGACCCGCGAGAGCUACGCCGAGGAGAUUAUCGUCGAGCUCCAGUCGGACGGAUCCGGAGGCGACAACGAGGUCGAGGACAAUGUGCGCCGUAUCGCCGCGUGGGCCACCCAGUGGCGCGACGACCGCGAGAACGGUGUCUACGACGAGUAG